AAAAUAAACACGUCAGAUGUCAAAAUUUGUUGUGUCAUGUCGAUGUAAUAUUUUUGUAUUAAACCAAACACUGUGAACUCGUCUUAAAUAGAAUAAUUAUCAGCCAUAGUUUAUAACUGAGCUAGAAAACUUACUACCUGCGUUUCCACCAUGCAUUGGUACGGAGGCAGCAUCGCGGAAGCGGUGACAUUAUCAAAACAGAAAAAUGCAAUUUUCGUCGUCUUCGUUGAAGGUGACAAUGAUCUAUCAGUGGAGAUGGCAGCGACCAUUGAUGACACGGAUGUCCUGAAUCGCCUCUCCGACCAGUCCAAUUUUCUCGCCAUCAAGCUGAAGAGCGGUUCUCCGAAUUAUAACUACUUUGCUCAGAUCUAUCAAUUCGUCCCGGUACCGUCAUUGUUCUUCAUCGGUAGGAAUGGCAUGCCUCUAGAAGUUGUAUGUGCAGGGGUGCAACCUAGCAAUUUGGCGGUACGCAUAGACAGGAUCCUUGAACAGCAUUUCAAAGACAAACAACCCUCCCCCACUGGGGCGCAACCAGCCGCCCAAGAACCAGUCCAGCCAUCCACAUCAUCCACCAACAUCCACGGCUCCACUGACGUGAAGGAUCAGACUGUCAACUUCGUUCAGGCUGAGACUGCAGCUUUGGUUUCACAAACUGCUGAGGCUCCUAAACAAGUAAACGAUGACCUAGCUUCCGGAUCGCCCCCACCGAAAAUCCCGAAGACUGCCCAGGAGACGAAGCCACUCACCCCAGAUGAUAUGGAGUGUGACGGAGACGUUUGUGUGAGACGAGCGCCCAAGGCUGAUGAGCCUGGACCUAGUCAGGCACCUACUCCAAGUCUAUCCAGCACCCCGGCUUCGGCACAGGCCCCAGAAGUGGCGACCACAGAAAGCUUGGGCAGUAUUGAGGAGAAAAUGGAACGAGCCAAAGAGCUCAUUGAGGCUCGGAGGAGAGAAAAGGCUGAUAAGGAAAAGGAGUUGGAGAAAGAGAAGGAAAUGGAGCGGCGCGCUCAAGGAAAGGGCGUAGCGGAAUUGAAACGGUGGCAGGCGGACCAGGAACUCAAACAGAUACAGGAGGAGCGUCGUCGUGAGAAGAUGGAGAACAACCUGGCCCGGCAGCGCAUACUGGAGCAGAUAGCGCAGGACAGGCGCGAGAGGCGCGCGAGGGACGCCCCUCCUCCCGCCCCCACACCAGCCACAGUACCGCCCCAAACCACUCCUACAUCAGGCGACGCAGGUAGAGGGGCGCGCAUCCAGUUCAAGUUGCCGGACGGGACCUCCCACACGGCGCACUUCGACGCAGACGGCACCCUCGGGGACGUACAGAGAUAUGUCGCGGAUAAUCUACAGCUAUCAACGUCGUCAUUCGCGCUAUGGACGGCGUUCCCCCGUCGCGAGCUGACGGAUGCGGAGGCUAGUCUCAGAGGGCUACAACUGGCGCCCUCUGCCGCCCUCCUAGUUCUACCCAGGAGAACUACCCCUACUGUAGCCAGGCCCUCAGCUGUCGCUAGUAUUAUUACAUUCUUCACACAACUCUUCACCACUAUGAUCCUAGAACCAUCACAGACUCUGCUUGUAUGGCUGCGCACGCGUCUAUUCCCCCCUCCCGCCACCUCACCCAGGACCCCUCGAGCUCCCUCCCCCGCCCCUCCAGCGCCCCCUGGCGGCGUCCGUCGAAGGGGAAACAUACACCGCCUGCCCAGCGAUCGAGCCCCGGACGAUGAUAAUAACACGUGGAAUGGUAAUUCUACACAGCAAAUGUAAUUCUUCACAGUCCGCACUAGGUCUUUUUGCAAUUUUCGAGCAACCCCCGAAAGAUUUCGCGGUAACUCGAAAAGUUUCGGUACGAACCGGAGUCGGUGUUUUUCGAGAAUGAUGAAUUUAAACAUUCCUAUGGCCUUAAAGUUGAGCUGUUCGGUUCCCUAGUGCGAACGACGAAAUCUAGUUAAUAUCUAGAUUUUUCUUACAAUAUUUCUCAUUAUAAUUGACUUCGUAUAUGUUAAAAAUGGAUGUAAAGUAUAUAUAAACUAAUAUUUCCUCCCGGUUUUACAUAUUUUUCGGCUCCUCUAAGUAAAAAACUCCCAUUUUCUUUCGGUAAUGGCAUCACGCGUAAGAAGGGACAGGCCGCUAAUAUUUAUUUAAAAAAGUCACUCAGUGUAUUUAAAAUUAAUUUACUUAUUUAAGAGCUGAUUUUUCAAUGGUUAGAUAAAAGUUACCUGUGGAAUAAUUAUGAUGCUGUCGCGGCAGAAUGUUUGUAUAAGACAGUGACAGCGACAAUUUUAUUACUCAGAUAACAUUUAUCUGACUAUUGAAAAAUCAGCCCUAAAAACGCAAAUUUUACUUAAAUUAUGACCUUUAUGUAUAGUAAUUUCGCGACUAUUUUCCCAUUGGUUAGUUAGGAUUGUUAGUUUUGGCACGUGAUUGGUUGAUUGGUCGACUGGAUCGACCAAUCGUAAGAGCUUAUGUUUGAAGGAUUUUUGCGCUGGUAGCGGCGCUAACUAUGCAUAGUUUUAAAUCUUAUACAUACGGUCAUUUUUAGUACUUGGUUUUCUUACUAGAGAUAAAGUGUUACAUUGUAUCUUGUAAAGCUUACGUUGUUUCGCCGUCUGAGUGAUGUUACCUGGAGGCCCAAUUGAUCACCCCCACCCCUAUACUGAAUCCUUAAAUCUCAAAAUCCCUUAUCCCUCAAAGGUCGGCAACGCACUCGUAACUCCGACUCCGACCAUCAGCUAAUCCGUCUGCUCGUUUGCCGACCUAUGACAUAAAAAAAACCCACAACCUUUCUCAAUCCCAAAUCUUCAAGUUCCUGGUAACUCACAAAAGGCUGGCAAAGCUCUUGUAAGUCCAUAAGUGUUGACUAUGGAUGGCGCUGUUUGCUUACCAUCAGGUCUUUAAAAGGGCUUAUAAUGUAUCAAAAUUCUGUCUCUAAUAAGCAAAUCUAGAUAUAAAUAUGAAACGAACUAUUUAUGUAAUUUAACUUAAUAAUAUCAACUCAACGCAGUAAACUUUUUGACACCGAACAAGACUUAAAACUAUACUAGCGCCAUCUAUUGGCCAGGAAAGCAAAAGAUAUUAAUUCAGCCUACCCGAAACCAAUUAAUAUUUAGAUAGGCUUGAAUUAUUGACUGUUUAGUUUUAUUUAUUGAAUUGGUCCGAUUUCAAAUUGCUAUCCCUUUCUUGCACUUGAUAUUUA